UUAAGGCCCAUCAUAGGUCCUGCAUUACCACCUGGCUUUAGGAAACCUUCGCAAGACACUGGGAAUAGCAGAUGUUCCAUAGGACCAUCUGUUUCAUCAGAAUUCCCUACCCAGGUAACAGAUAGUAGUGAGGAAGAAGACAAUCUUAUAGGCCCAAUGCCUGCAAAAGGACCAGUGGAAUCUGAUGUGACUAAAGAAUUUGAACGCAGAGCUCAGAGAAUGAAGGAAAAACUUACUUCAGCAGACAGUGAUGAACCCAAGCAAAUUACCAGGGAAUUGUGGAUGACAGAGCUUCCACCUGAAUUGAAAAGCUUUGGAUUUGGCCCAAGAACAUUCAAGAGAAGAGCUGAUGACAAAUCAGGUGAUAGAUCUAUUUGGACAGAUACUCCAGCAGACAGAGAGAGAAAAGCCAAGGAAAGAGAAGAGGCAAAAAAGUCAACCAGUAAGGAUAAUGAAGAAAUUGUAUUAUCUGGGAGAGACAAGAGACUUGUUGAGCAGGUGACUUCAUACAAUGAGUCAAAGAGGUCAGAAUCUCUCAUGGAUAUACAUCAGAAAAAGCUAAAGAGCAAAGCGUCUGAAGAAAAGAACAAACCUCAAGAGCGAAGGCCAUUUGACCGAGACCAGGAUCUCAAAGUCAAUCGAUUUGAUGAAGCACAAAAGAAAGCUCUUAUAAGAAAAUCCAGAGAUCUGAAUACUAAAUUUGAGCACAGUAAAAGCAAUAUGUUUUUAUAACAUAAAAGCAUUAAGCUUUUUUGAAGUGAAGUCAAUUACAUUUUGACUACUUAAUUUUUUAAGUAUUUUUAUGUAAAUAUUUUUAUGCAGAAUAAAUAUCCCGAUGUUUAACUA